CAUGGCGGAGCGAGAAGUUGUGGUUGAUGCAUUGCCGUAUUAUGAUCAAGGGUAUGACGAACCUGGUGUUAGAGAAUCGGCUAUAGCAUUAGUGGAAGAAGAAACAAGGCGUUAUAGGCCAACCAAGAAUUACCUGGAAUAUUUACCACCGCCAAAUUACAAUGCCUUUGAGACUGAUAUAAUGAAGGCGGAGUUUGAGAGGUUACAGGCUCGACUGCCAAUGGAAAUGUUGAGCAUGAAGAGGUACGAGCUGCCACAGCCCCCGGCAGGUAAACUCAACGACAUCACAGCAUGGACAGAGUGUCUGGAGAAUUCCCAGGCUCAGUUAGAGCAUCAGGCUCUCAGAAUACUGAAUUUGGAUCUGAUGUCUGAGUUUGGUGCAUCGGCGUGGAAAGCUCACAUCACAGUACUCGUUCAGAUGGUGGAUAAUGCGCAGAAGCAGCUGGGAGAGUUGCGCAAGCACAUCCAGGAAAUAAAUUGGCAGAGAAAGAAUGAACAGUCUGCUGCUGGAGAAAAGCUGAAGAAUUUGGAAGCCAGCUGGGUGGGACUUGUGAGUAAGAAUUACGAAAUAGAACGAGCCUGUGCUGAACUUGAAAAAGACGUAAAAGAUGGAGGUCUCAAGAAGGUAGGUAGACUAUAUUCCUGUGAAAACAUUAACCAAAGAAGACAAUUGGUACAAGACCAGUUGUUUGAGGGAACUCUCAUUGGCUUUAGCUAUGGGGUUGAAAGUUAAAAAAAGUGUUCAUCUUAAACAUUUUUGAGAGCAGUUU